ACGUGGUUUGUGUAACUGUGCUGCAUAUGAUAUUAGGUAAGAAGACACCAGCAGAGGUGUCGAGCGCUCCUCGGUGCUUGGUCUUCCUUCGUAUUCCACGGCCGUGCUGGGUCACAUUAUCACCACUGAAUACUGAGAGGAGAAAAUGGUGCUGGAGUAAAUCUUGGGACUUAAUUGACUACAGUUGACUACAUCCCACAAGCGCUGCUCGAAGUUCUGCACUCUUCGUGGUCUUCGGCGUUGUAGAGGAAACAGCUACAUUUUAUGGUCGAGAUACAGUAUGUGCUAAAACUCUUUCAUCAUUACACGCCGGUUUUCUGGUGCCUCUUUUACUCUUUUUUGUCGUUUUGUUACACCGCUGUGACUAUAAAAAAUGCAACAACCCACGGUCACAGGAACCGCUGCUGUGCUGGAUACUGCAGAACAGUUUGCAAAAAGACGGAGGACAGCUCUGUGGUUCACAGUCUCUCUUCUGGUCCUCUCCAUCAUCAUCCUGGUGGUUGGGCUGCUGUCGGCCACACGGACAGAAAACAUUGCAGUUGCAAGCUAUUAUCCCGGAAUCAUUCUUAGUUUUGGUGCCUUUCUGGGAAUCGUUGGGAUAAAUCUAGUGGAGAACAGAAGACCAAUGCUGGUCGCAUCCAUCGUGUUUGUCAGCAUUGGGGUCAUCGCCACCUUCUUCUGCGCCAUUGUGGAUGGGGUCAUCGCAGCAGAGUUCAUCGAUAGAAGACCCUUGUCUGAAGGAAGGUGUGAGUUUUACACCAGUGGUUCUGGGUAUGCGUAUGACAACUACCACACCGAGGUGUCCUGCUUCACCUUUGGCAGUAAGUGUAAGAUGAGGGUGAAAAGCAACACCUGCUACUGCUGUGAUCUUUACAACUGCGAGAGCCCGGAGCACUUCUCCCAAUACUACGAGUACACAGGGGUCAGCAGCUGCACGGACGUGGUUCACCUCUACCGCCUGCUCUGGGCCUCCGUGGUCCUCAACAUCCUGGGCCUGUUCCUGGGCAUCGUCACCGCCGCCAUCCUGGGUGCUUUCAAAGACAUAACCCCAGCUACCCAGGCCUCCCAGAGCUCGGCUCCUCCUCCUCACAUCCUGUACAACCCCACCCAGCACGUCCUCACCUACGCUGGAUUCUGCCCAUCCGGACAGGCCCUGCCUGCCUACCCCAACUACCCUCUGCCACUGCAGCACCACAGCAACUACCAGCCCCCGGCUUCCUCUGAGGCCUCCCUGCCCGAAGAGAGCCAGGCCCCGUCGCAGGCCUCGUCGCAGACCUCGUCCGGCUACAUGCUGACGCCCAACGCGCCGUCUCUGUACGCGCCCUCCUAUAACCCUUUCGAGAAACCGCCUCCUUAUGCCUCCUGAGCACCUCCGCCAACGUUUCUGAAGACUGGAGGGUAACCGUGUCCUGAACACGCAGGUGGCCUGUGUAGUAACCAUUUCACUUCUCAUGUGAGCAGCCUAGCCGACUCCAAGCCUUCUCUCUCUUAGUGGGGCUCUCAGACUCCUUCCCUGUCCCAGAGCCUGCAUGCUGAAGACCCCGCCAGAUGUCCCCUAAAGCACAGGGCUCUGUUGGCGCGGUAACCGACACAAGGUAGGCCCCGCUGGCCCACUCAGUUUACAAUAUACCUCCCAUACAGAACGGUCCUAGAUCACGUCACGAAAACUGGGAUAUUUCAGCUCAGUUAAAUCUUUACAAUUAGGCUCCAUCACGUUCAAGAGUUGCGGCCUUUUUCCGGGAAUGCAACUGUCCCAUAAAGAACAGCAGCAAAAGAAAAGCACCCUUUUCAAAAUAGUAAAUAUUUUAAAAUCAAAAACUUGAAUCUAACCUGUGGUGUUUGGCUUCAAAUUUGGUUUUGACUGUGAGAGUGUUACAUUUAAAUCUACAUUAAAGUGUAUAUUGGGACUGGGGCUGUAUUUUCUCAUUUUAAGAUAUGCCACAUGAUGAUUUGCUAUGACUUGAAUGCCCUUCAGUGUAAUGAACACACACAAAAUAAGUAAAUCUUGUGGAUUAAUCUCAAACUGUAAGUAAACAUCUUAAAAUAUUGAAUGAAAAUUUAAUUUUUGCAAUGUGUAUUACACAGCGAACGGAGUUGUUCAGCUAGGCCAAGAGUAAAUUGGGUGGCACCACAUUAAAUAAAGCAACUAAGAAAGCAGACUCGUUAUGUCAUAACUUUAACAGCUGCUUAAAAUACCACAACAUUGCAUUGCAGACUAGGGGACCCAUUCUGAGAACAGGCCCCAAGGUGCCCUUUAAAACUUUAAUGGAUGCAGAAACUGAGAAAUCAAACAAUAAAGAUAAAUCUGGAGGUUAUUUCUAGAAGGCAUCCCAAUUCUACAUUCCUGCUGUUGGUUUUUUAAAUAAAGCACAUUUCGAUUGAACUGUUCUGUACUCUUAAUGGAAAAAUAAAGCAAAGAGAUCUUCAACA